UCCCCUUUUAUAAAAGCCGGUCACAUACACAGAGUGAGAGAGACAAUAAUCGGAGCAGAGAUUUUAUUUUUUUUGAGAAAAUUAUCAAUGGAGAACGUGGAGAGCGUAGCAAAAGCUGCACUUGAGAAAUUGAAGGAGAUGAAUAUGGUGGAAAACGCAAAGGAGAUCGUCAAAAGAACAACACCGUUUGUAUCGGAAUAUGCGCGGAUCUUAUUUGAUGGGUUACUGGAAAAUCUGAAGCAGAUUGUCGUGAAAACGACGCCGUUCGUACGAACCUCAUCGGACUGGAUACUGGAAAAUGCGAAGGAGAUUGUCGUGAAAACGACGCCGUUUGUACGAACCUCAUCGGACUGGUUACUGGAAAAAGCUCCUGCACGGAUAUCUACUUCGAUAAAUUCGAUCCGUAUAGCUCCAAUAUAUUACACCAGUCCAAUCGGAUUUCUGCUGAUUUUGUUCCUCUGCCGGUGCUGCAGCGGCGGCGGAAAUGGGAAGACGAUGAAAGCUCCGGGAAGGAAUAAUGUAAGGAUACUGGAAAAUGCGAAGGAGAUUGUCGUGAAAACGACGCCGUUUGUACGAACCUCAUCGGACUGGUUACUGGAAAAAGCUCCUGCACUGAUAUCUACCUCGAUAAAUUCGAUCCGUACAGCUCCAAUAAAUUACACCAUUCCAAUCGGAGUUCUGCUGAUUUUGUUCCUCUGCCGGUGCUGCAGCGGCGGCGGAAAUGGGAAGACGAUGAAAGCUCCGGGAAGGAAUAAUGUAAGGAUACUUAGGCGUAAUUUUGAAAGCAGUCCUAAAUCCUAUUUCCGCGAUCUCCGCUCCCGAAAAAACUAAUUUCGGUAUAAUUAUUUGGUAUUCGAUAUCUACGUAUUUUGUUUAAUUUUUAAGUUCAAACUCGAAAUAUUUAGUUAUAAAUGAAGGUAUCUCAUCUAUCGUGAUAUCACUUAUGGUGUGGAUUUAUGUAAUUUUAUAUACUAUGUGUUUGUAUUUCAAAAUUUAUAAAUAUUUGAUUAUGAAUUUAGUUA